AUGGCUGGCAAAACGAACAUUUCAGGAUCUUCAAGUAAUAAAAGAACAGCAGUAACUGCUACAGGCACAACACUAUUACCUUUAACUAGAGUCAAACGAAUCAUUAAAGAAGAACCUGAAGUCUUAGGUUGUGGACCUGAAUCUACCUUUUUAAUUGGUCUUGCUUCAGAUUUAGCCAAUAUUGUCAAAGAAGUUGAUAAUCUGAAAUUUUUAAAAGAGAUCAUUCCUCAAACAUAUAGUUUAGAAGCUGCGCUUCAAAAAUCUGAAAAAAUAAGACGAAAUUUAAGUAGACAUAAUGCCAAAUUAAAUUCUGAAGAUGCAAGUGGUGAUAGUAAUAACAGUGAUGAAGAAUCUGACAAAUCUGACGAUA